GAUCAGCCGUUCCCUCCGCCCUCCUUCCCUCCCUCCCGUGGAGAAGAGGGCCCGGUGGAAAAGAUGAUUGAAGAAAGUGGAAAGAGGAGGAGGACGAUGGCAGAGAAAAGACAGCUCUUCAUGGAAAUGAGAGCUCAGAAUUUUGAUGUCAUCCGACUGUCAACAUAUCGGACUGCCUGCAAGCUGAGAUUUGUGCAAAAAAGAUGUAAUUUACAUCUUGUGGAUAUCUGGAAUAUGAUUGAAGCCUUCAGAGAUAAUGGCCUUAACACAUUGGACCAUAAUACAGAGAUCAAUGUAUCUCGACUAGAAACUAUCAUUUCCUCCAUUUAUUAUCAGUUGAAUAAACGCCUUCCAUCUACUCACCAGAUCAGUGUGGAGCAAUCCAUCAGCCUUCUCCUCAACUUCAUGAUAGCAGCAUAUGAUAGUGAAGGUCAUGGAAAAUUGACAGUGUUUUCCAUAAAGGCAAUGUUGGCAACUAUGUGUGGUGGAAAAAUUCUGGACAAGUUAAGAUAUAGUUUCUCUCAAAUGUCAGAUUCCAAUGGGCUGAUGAUAUUUUCAAAAUUUGACCAGUUUCUAAGAGAAGUUCUGAAACUUCCUACAGCUGUUUUUGAAGGGCCUUCUUUUGGCUACACAGAAAAUUCUGUGCGAACAUGUUUUCCUCAGCAGAAAAAGGUAACAUUAAAUGUGUUCUUAGACACCUUAAUGGCUGACCCUCCACCCCAGUGCCUUGUGUGGCUACCUCUGAUGCAUAGACUUGCCCAUGUUGAAAAUGUCUUCCAUCCUGUGGAAUGUUCUUACUGCCGAUGUGAGAGCAUGAUGGGCUUCCGAUACCGAUGCCAGCAGUGCCACAACUAUCAACUCUGUCAAAACUGCUUUUGGCGUGGCCAUGCAAAUGGCCCUCACAGCAACCAGCAUCAAAUGAAAGAGCAUUCCUCUUGGAAAUCGCCUGCCAAGAAGCUGAGCCAUGCCAUUAGUAAAUCUCUUGGUUGUGUACCCACUAGAGAUCCUCCUCACCCUGUAUAUCCGGAACAGCCAGAGAAGCCCCUUGACCUUGCCCAUAUAGUCCCUUCUCGGCCUCUCGUUAACAUGAAUGAUGCUAUGGUUACACAUGUGUCCUCGGGAGCCCCCACGCCAACAAAAAGGUUGCAGCAAAGCCUCGCCCCCUCCGAUGGGCUCAGUGAUGAGCAUGUGCUGAUAGCAGCCUAUGUGAGCCAGCUACAAAGCAGCACACGCAGUGUCCUGGACAGUCCUAGCAGACUGGAUGAAGAACAUCGGUUAAUUGCUCGAUAUGCUGCCAGAUUAGCUGCUGAAGCUGGAAACGUGACACGGCCACCAAUAGAUCUGGGAUUCAAUUUUGAUGCUAACAAACAGCAAAGGCAACUGAUAGCAGAACUGGAAAACAAGAACCGAGAAAUACUUCAAGAAAUCCAACGCCUCAGACUGGAACAUGAACAGGCUUCCCAGCCAACACCUGAAAAAGCCCAGCAGAAUCCAACUUUACUGGCCGAAUUAAGGCUAUUGCGGCAAAGGAAAGAUGAAUUGGAACAACGAAUGUCUGCUCUUCAAGAAAGUCGAAGGGAACUGAUGGUACAACUGGAAGGACUCAUGAAGCUGCUAAAGGAAGAAGAACAAAAACAGGCAGCUCAGGCAGCUGGUUCUCCACAUAUUUCCCCCACCCAUGGGGCUGGCCGCUCUAUGCCAAUGCCAGUCAGGUCCACAUCUGCCGGUUCUACCCCAACUCAUGUACCCCAAGAUUCACUUACUGGUGUUGGAGGAGAUGUCCAGGAAGCAUUUGCACAAGGAACUCGGCGGAAUCUCCGUAACGAUUUGCUGGUAGCAGCUGAUUCAAUUACCAAUACAAUGUCAUAUUUGGUGAAGGAGCUUCAUUCAGGGGGAGAGGAAGGAGGUGAGGAGGAGGAAGAGGAGGACAAGAUGCAGAAUGGGAAGGACCGAGGUUAAAUUAAAAAAAAUCUGGACCAGCCAGAGGUUUAGGUAACAAGGUGUGAGCUCCUAUUCUAAAGACGUCUCCACAUCCUUCAGAAGAGGCAUGAUCCAACUGACACAUCCACCAUUGUGAAGCUGUGACUAACACAACAAUUGCAGGGGAGCAGUCUUCUUCCAACAGACACAGUGGCUUUUC